CAAUAGUGUCUCCCUAAUAGACUAAACACUAAAGUGACGCCUCUACAUCACCGCAGCUGCACUCCCAUCUCUCCCUCUUACCUCCUCACCCACGUUGCCCCGUUGGCCUAACUGCCUCACUGCAUUGCUGCCACGUCUUCUUUCGCCUACCUGCUUCGUCCGCGGAAUUUCUGGAUUUGCUUCGAAUUUCUGGGUUCGAUUUCUUAGUGUUGAAAUAGGUGGAAAUGUCGAACAGGGGCAAGAAGAGGGAGGAGGAAGGCGCGCUCUCCGAAGGCAACGAGCCUCCAAAGAAGAUUUCGAAGCCGGACAAUGAUUCAGAUGACCCUGAUCAAAUCGUAGUAUGUGAGUUGUCGAAGAAUCGGAAAGUGUCGGUGAGGAACUGGCAGGGAAAGGUUGUGGUUGACAUUAGGGAAUUCUAUUCCAAAGACGGCAAGGAAUUUCCUGGCAAGAAAGGUAUCUCAUUGUCCAUGGACCAGUGGAAAAUUCUUAGAGAUCACGUUGAUGAAAUUAACCAGGAGAUUGAGAAUACAUAACAGUGUCUAUGGAUCUAUGUGUUUUGUUCCUAGAAAGGAAUUGGCAAGGAACCUCCAACUUACUAAUGAAACAGUUUAGGGACGAGCAUUUGCUUUGUAUGGUAACUAUCUGUAGAAUGUUUUCUUGACAAGGAGCCCCAUGUGCAGUAUUAUUCUCGAAUACAAUGUACUGACUGCUCGAUGAUUGGUGCAAUAUCCAUCUCCGUUUCAUCA